UUCUCUUUCUUUCUUAAAGUCAUUCUCAGCAUCUCCAGUAAAACCCCUGUGGUUCGCUCUAGACUGGGAGAACCGGUUCUGUUAGACUGCGGGUUCUGGGUUGAUCUGUCUUCUCCAGUUCACGGCUCUGGAUUCUCUAUCGAGUGGCGUUAUCAGUUCCGGGGUGAAGGACGACUGGUCCUCGCUUACGACGGCAAGAAUGAUCGGUUUGCAGAGACAGCAGAGACCGGAGCCGAUAUUGACAUCACAGGCCUCUAUGAAACAGGAAACGCAUCUCUGAUUCUGGAAGAAUCUCAAGUGAGACACUCAGGAACUUACAUCUGCACAGUCUAUCUGCCACACCUGCUGGCUCAGGUAGCCGUGGACCUGGAGAUAGUUGAGCCUCCAUCUCUCUCCAUCUACCCGUCUCCUCUUCCUCUGCUGGUUCCUGGGCAGGUGCUGGUGGUCCAGUGUGAGGCAUCUGGUUUUGCUCCUCACACUCUGGAUCUGAGCUGGGAGUUCAGCGGGGCAGAUGGGACGUCCCGCUCUCUGGGUCAAGGCAGUGUAACAGGUCACAGACAGGCAUCUGAUGGCACCUUCAGUCAGAGCAGCCGUCUGGAGCUGGACUCGGGGAAGCUGGGACUCGGUCGUGGUGGAGAAAUUAUCUGUGUUGCCAAACAUGAUGGAGGAACACGACGAGCUUCUUCAACACUCAAUGUGAUCGGUGUCAGUGCUCCUUCUAUUGAGGACUCUAUGGCGAUGGUUGCUGUUGCACUUGUUCUUUAUGGCAUGAUAAAGUUUCUUUCCUGGACAUUCAGCUCUUCUGACUCCAGUGACACAGAUUCAAAGGAUAAGAAGGAGAAGUAAAUCUGGACCAGGAGGUGAUUUUAAAGGUCUAAC